AUGUCUGACAACAAGACCACCAAGGAGACCGCCGCCGCCGAGAACGCGGACGCAACAUAUACACGCCACUUUAGCGAUUUCGUCUCGAGCUGCGGACAAGUCGGCGGUGAAGUCGCUUGGACUACCAUUGCCGAGCUGCUUGAUCGGUACAAUGUACCUGUUCUCUAUCGCGUGUAUGCGCACAUGGUACUUGCCCAUGGGCCCUCGAACAGACUCUACCAUGCAGAAAAAGCCGUCGAACAUGCUGAGUGGGAUGUGCGCAAUUUUGGCGACCGGUGUGGCGGCCUGGAGCUGAUCGCUCUCGCCAAACGGACACUCGAGGAUCUUCUUGAGAGCGAGCCAAUCUGCCACACUGAACAGGGCAUCACUGGCCACGAUGGAAAUUGA